AUGACGCUCAAUAACCGCGAAGUCAACGGCGAGGUCAACGGCACGCAAGACCCUCUCUCCAAAACAUCUGCCUACGACCUCAGCAUCAACAAUUUACAAGACCUGGUCUCUUUCGUGGACACGCCAGCCGGACUCUGCGUCGUCUCCAAGAUUUCAGCACCGGCAGGAGCUCACUUCUCCUACAUCACCAGCCAUGCACCACAGCCAUCUCCUACGUGGAAGACCAUCCAGACCUCAGCAACCACUCACACCGACCCAAGAAGUGCCCUCCUCUACAUGAACCAUAGCUGCGAGCCAUCUCUGGAAGUCAACGUCUUCUCUCCAGACGCCAAUGGCAAAUACCCCAAGCAACCACCGACCGGGAGUCGCAAUGGCGAGGUCCUGAAUAUCAGUGAGCUCGGCUUGGCAGGCGAGGUCACUGUUUCUGGUAGCCGAGGUAUUGAGCCCGGCGACGCUUUGACCUUCUUCUACCCAAGCACAGAGUGGAACUUUGACCGUGCAUUCGAUUGCCUCUGUGGAGCGCCAAAGGAUGUCUGCCUUGGACAGGUGAAGGGCGCCAGUGCUAUCGAGCGUCAGAAGCUUGACAAGUGGUUCUUCAAUGAUCACAUCCUCAAGCUUGCCGCAAAGAGGGAUGGGUUGGCCUAG